UAGAGUCUGGUUGAAGCCGCUCCGGCUCCUCUGAGAGCACACGGCGAUGUUAGUUCGUGUCUCCAGACCUCGGCCUGUCUGUUCCACGCUCAUUAAGCUGUAAACCGGAGGGCUGGCUCCUUAUCUACCUGCCAGAGCCCGCUAGCUGUCUGUGGUUCUGUGUGGUUGGCUGAACCGCUGCUCGCCUCAUUGAGAAUUUGACAGGAAGUGCGGAUCAUGCGGGUCUCUCGGGUCUCUGCUGGCCUCUUCCUCACUGAUCUGGACUCGGCUCUGAACGCCAGCGUGUUGACCAGCAGAAACGUCACUCUCAUCGUCAACGCCAGUGGGCUCGAGAACAUUUCCUACCCGCAACUGGAUGGUCUGCAGGUGCUCCACGUCCCCGUCCAGGACCAGCCUCAUGCCCCCCUCAGAGAGUACUUCAACCUGGUAACUGAAUGGAUCAACCAGAACCAAACGGGGGCGACUCUGGUCCACUGCACUGCCGGCAGAAGCCGGUCCCCUGCGCUGAUCAUGGCCUACCUCAUGAGGUCUCAGGGUCUCAGCCUCCGUCGAGCUCACGAACUUGUUCUGGAACAGCGACCAUUUAUUCGACCCAACGCUGGUUUCUGGAGGCAGCUGAUGGACUUUGAGAGGACCCUUUUUGGUAGGACCACGGUGAGGAUGGCAAAGACACCAGGCGGCGUCCUUCCUGAAGCUCUGGAGGACUCGGACGCUGCAGUGGUGUACUGCCUGAACGUCUGAUGCUGGCUGGCUCUGCAGCGUUUUCGGUGUGAAGCGCUCUGAGGAACUGCUUCUACGUGCUGUUCCUGUUGUUGGGAGGAGCUUAUAAACCUGUGCAUAUUUCUCAUAAUCGCUGGACCUCAGAGUGCUGCUCUGUGAUUGGUUGUAGUUUAAAUGCUGCUGAAAUCAUCUGUUUUCUGCAUUGUGUGUGUGUUAUGGUGCCAGACUGUUGUUUACUUGUAAUUUUAUGGUACAAAUGAAAAUGUCACAUGACUGA